AUGAAUGAAGUGAAAGAACUUGUCAUGGUUUCACCAACAGGAGAAGACCCAUCUCAUGAAAAACCCUUCCUUUCCAAACCCAUUCUCCCUUGUUCCUCCAUUGAUGAACCCUUCAAGCUCUCUCAGGGUUUUAUUUCCCUCCCAGUCCCAUUCAGUUUUGACCCAAAAGGCUGGCCUUUAAAGCUUCAUUUCACCGGAUGGCGUCUUGACCACUAUGAUUUGCAGACAUGGGUUGAACACUUGGCCCCUGUUCACCAAUCUACAUGGAAGAAAGCUGGUAUCUUUAAAGCCAUUUUGAACUCCACUUACAAAAUCAAAAGGAAUAUGGAUUUGGUUUGUGGGUUGGCUGAGAAAUGGUGCUGUGAGACCAACACCUUUGUGUUCCCUUGGGGUGAAGCAACAAUCACAUUGGAGGAUAUUACGGUUUUGGGAGGCUUUUCUGUUUUGGGUGACUCCAUUUUCAGUCCUCUUGAAAGCCGAGAGUUGAGAGAAGUAAAAGCCAUGCUUGAGAAAGAGCGAAUGGGAAUUUGCGAUUACUCUGUUGGGUGUAGGACUGUUACCACAAAAGCAUGGAUGGAGAAGUUCAUGAAGAGUGGGAGUGAACUGGAGCAUGAAGCAUUCCUUGUGUUUUGGCUGUCUACAUAUGUUUUCAACAAUACUUCAAAUAGCUCAGUCAAUGAGGCUGUUUUCUCCACUGCGAUACGUUUAGCUAGGGGAAUUCAAGUUGUGCUAGCAGAUACUGUUCUUGCCCAGGUUUAUAAGGAUUUGAGUGUGCUGAGAAUGAAAAUUGCAGCUUUGAGUGGAUUAAAGGAUGUGAAUGAAAUUGUAGAAGUCACAGUUAUGUCACCAUUUCAUUUAGUUCAGGUUUGGGCAUGGGAAAGGUUUGUGGAACUUAGGCCAAAGUCCAAUGUUAUAUGCAGUGGGGAGCCGAGAUUGGCUCGAUGGGAUGAUGUGGACUGUUUGAAUGUUGGAGAUAUGAGGAGGGUUUUAUAUUCUGCAGGUCAAGGUUUCGUAUGGCGCCCUUACGCCAUGGACAUCAAGAACUAUGUCUUUCCUGUAUACAAUUUUGAAAUCGAAAAGUGGGUGUUGGUUGGUCCAGACUUUGAUGAUGAACAUGGACUAAUGUCAUUUGCCAUGUUUUUGAGUGUGGCCAAGUUAAUUGGAUUUGGUACCAAACAGAAUUACUUCCCUCAUCGAGUGGCUAUGCAAUUUGGAUUUAAUCAAGACCUCCAAUGCUCUUGUUCUGCUGGAUACACCAUUAUUUUGGAGAAUGGCAAGUGGUACAUUGACUACAUUCCACCCAAGGUUUCUGAGGCAGAUGAUAUGAGAUACGUGAAAUGGGGGAAAGAAUCGGUGUCACACGAAAAACAGAAGGAGAAGGAAAAGGAGAAGAAUGUAACCAUUCGUACAAUCUUUUUGUUAAGAUCUCCUUUUGCUUUAUUUCUUUUGUGUUUGGGAAUGGGUUUUCUUUCUUCUCAUAAUGGGUUUUAUGCACAUUACAAUUCAUAG